CAUAAUGGGCUCAGAAGAGAAAGCUGCCAUCAUAUUUAAUGCCACAUUUGUUCAUCCUGCAAAAUUCUAUCUCAAUGGGUUUUCCAACAUCCCUCAUGUUAAGUAUUACUAUGUCUUCCUGUGUUUUGUCUAUAUCAUGACUGUUGUCGGGAACUGCUUCCUUCUCUCCGUUAUCUACCUGGUCAAGACUCUUCAUACGCCUAAGUACAUGAUUGUGUUCAACUUGGCUUUUACAGAUUUAUGUGGGAGCACCACUCUCAUCCCAAAAGUCUUGGACACAUUUUUGUUUGACAGGAGAUACAUUGUCUAUGAGGCUUGCUUAAGUUAUAUGUUCUUUGUUUUCGUCUUUGCAGGUAUGCAGUCAUGGACACUUGUCAUUAUGGCAUAUGACAGAUUUAUAGCAAUUUGCUUCCCUUUAAGGUAUCAUAGUAUUGUGACUAAACCAGCUAUUGCUGCAAUGCUGUUGUUUUCUUGGUUUUGUUUAUCAAGUGUAAUGGCUGUAAUGGUUGGAUUUAUCAAUCGUCUCUCCUUCUGUGGAUCUUUGGUGGUACAAAGCUUUUACUGUGAUCAUGCACCAGUAUUUCGUUUGGCCUGUAAUGACACAUCUAUAAAUGUCGUAAUGGCAUGGAUUGUUUUCAUUAUACUAGUCUGUAUUCCUGUUAUAUUAAUAGGUUUAACAUAUGUUAGCAUUUCUAUAGCUCUGAGCAGGAUUGCUUCAGCAGAACGACUCAAAGCAAUGAAAACUUGUACUUCUCACCUGAUGCUUGUGGCUGUUUUCUUUCUACCAGUUUUGGGCACCAAUAUAACCUCAGUGUCUUCCUACAUCCAUCCUAAUGCCAGAAUAAUAAACUCUACUUUGACUCACACCAUACCAGCUAUGCUCAAUCCUAUUAUAUAUUCUUUAAAGACAGAAGAAGUGCUGAACUCUAUCAGGAAACUUUGCAAAAGAAAUAGGCUUAAUCUAACAAAACAAGAGCAGAGACAAGACUGUUGUCUGAUGCAAUUAGGAGGUCAUUUGUAACUUUUACUAGAACUGUCUUUGUACUAUGAUGCGCUCUAAAUCCUGACUGAAAAUCCUCAAAUAAACUAUUGUUCUGUAGAGAGUCCCACAACUGUUGU